AUGAUAAUAAAGAAUGCCAAAAAGGGACUUAAUUAUGAACGAUGUAACAAUGGUUUGAAUGAAGUAGCCAAUAAUAUGGAGGAGUGUUCGUUACCAUAUACAAGUGAAAGUGGCGACAGCAAAGGUAUUUUUGCAGUUUGUGGUUUAACAUCACAUUCCGCAACCACUCUUUGCACCUUUGCGCAAAUUAUUCUAACAUUAUCAUCCAGUUUAUUCAUAUACACAUAUCUUCCACAUACGAUAAUCAAUUCUAUUCUUAUUUACUUAUCAAUAUUUUGCUGCUGUAUUGCUACCGUAUUUCUACUACUUCGUAUUUGGGAACGAUUAUUUGGUUCAAUGUGCGAUUCAUUCUUUCAUGGAUAUUUGUUAAGUAUAGUUUAUGCUGUACAUAAAAUUAAUCUUGAAUAUUUCUUGGAUUUGGAACGAAAUUUAUGUCUCCUUAUGGCAUUAAUCAGUUUUUUCGAAGUGAUGUAUUUCCCGUUAUCACUGGUACAAACAUUCACCAGUUGGAGUUCAUCAUCUAUCUGCUAUCACAUUGUUGUUGCAAUUUUUCCUACGUAG